AUGUCGUUCUGGAAAACACUACAAAGACAGCCGCGCACCAUCUCGUUGUUUACCAACGACAUCGCGUCCAACACCAAGUCGCAGAAAUGCCUCCAGUUGCUGAAGGCGGAUGUGUCUCGCCGGUUCGACGUCGAGAUCGCCAACCGUUUCCCCACGUGGGACCAGCUGCAGUACAUGAGGACAUCGUGCCCACAAGGGCCCGUCUCGCUGCAGAGGCAGAUCCCGAAGCUCGAUUCAGUGCUCAAGUACAAGCACACAGACCCGACGUUCGGGAUGGACCUGCAGAAGUGCGUCCAGAAGGGCCUGUGGAACGCGAAGGAGGCGCUGUGGGUUGACUGGGAGAACAAGCUAGUGGGCAACGAGCCCGCAGACAUCGACAAGCACAUCAUCCACGGCAAGUAG